CCAAAAUGUUCUUUUUUAAGCGAAGAGGAAGAGGAAGGCGAAAUGCAAGUCAAGAAGGCACCAGAAUUGAACUUACACAGAGAGAAGAAAUGCCGUCAAGACUGGGUAGAAGGAGAAGACGUAAAGCAGCUCGGGCAGCUAAAGGAUCACGCUCAGUUUCUCAAGAAGGGUCGAAAAGAGUCGUGCGGAGACGAGGGGGGCAAACCGUGGAAGAAGAAGUGUCAGUACAGCAAAAAACAUCGACAACAUCAUCAACCCAAACCCAGCAACGGCGCAGCUUUGAAGAUGCAUCCGUGCGUCGUGCUUCUAGAGCUGCAAAAAGGGCACAAGUCAAAGUGUUUGUAGAAGAGACCUUUCGAAAAGGUGUGAAAGGAUUGAUAAUAGAGUUUAAAUCUAUGAAGCGUGUGAAUGAUUUCACGAAAAUGACGGAAUUUCUCGCGCAGAAUCCUCAAGGAAGGAACAGAUAUAAGGAUGUUGGAUGCUUAGACAAGGAUCGUGUUAUAAUACGGAUUGGCCCUGUAUCUUAUAUUCACGCAAAUUACGUAUCUUCCCCUACAAAUCCAAAACGAUUCAUCUGUACUCAGGCACCUCUCCCAAAAACCUGUCCCGAGUUUUGGUACAUGGUUGUACAAGAAAAAUCUGUGGCCAUUCUGAUGCUCUGCAACUUUAUAGAACAAAAUGCAAAGAAAUGCGCGGAGUACUUUCCUUUAGAAGAAGACAAACCAUUAAAUUUUGAGGGCGUUAUCGUUGCAUUGAAAAAGCAAGAGCCGUUUCUGUUCCCGUUUAAAACUCAAGUACAUAUACUCGUUCGUACUUUGGAGGUUAGCGCACCUGGACAACCUAUGCACACUUGUCUGCACUAUCACUGGCAAGAUUGGCCUGAUCGUGGCGUACCGGAUGCAGACUUAGCACCGGUUGUUCUUCUGGCCAAAUUGAAGGAAAACACCGCUCCUAUAAUCGUACAUUGUUCGGCUGGUAUAGGUCGAACAGGAUCUAUAGUACUCAUUCAACAUUCUCUGGAAUUACUACAUUUACCCGCGCCACUUCUUGAGAUUUCUACUUAUCUUGCUGAGUUACGUAAACAACGAAACAAUAGUAUACAGACUGAACAACAGUACUUGUAUAUACACCAAGUAUUAUUAUUGUAUCUGAAGAACACGAAUUAUCUCGAUUCUAGUGUGACACCUUACCUUGAAGCGUUUACGAAAGACUAUGUCAAUGCCACAAAAGGAUUUUGACAUGACCGUUAUUUUGUCAUUGUAUCUUCAUUAUGAACAGAAAAUCAUCAGCGUGAUUGAAAUAUUUUAAGAAAUCAACUACCAACAGCGUGUCUUCAUUUUAUGUACUGACCUAGAAUCUUAGUGAUAAUAAACUUUCAAACAGC